UUGCUUUUCUCGUCGAUGUUAGUUAUUCUCUUUAUCCCUCCCUCUCUCUUCCCUUCAUGUUUUCUCCCCUACAUUCACGCCGCUCUUGCUUGCAAUUGCACACAUUUUUGUGCUCUCUCUUCCUUAAACUAAGCCGAGACAAGAACAGACAAAUUGCUUCAGCAUUUCCAUAUUCUAUCACGAUCUCUAGCUACACCUGUUUUUGAUUCUCUCGGCACACAGACUUCAAAGGGGUGGCCAAAAUAUGUCUGAAUUUCCUUCACCAUCAACCACCGCCAAGAAAACUGACCGCUUGUCAAGUCUUCUCCUCUCUGACUUGUUCCUCUUCUGUUCUUUCAUUCUUUCCCACCCUCUAUAUUUCUCCUACUUGGUCUUCUUCUCCCCGUACCUCUUCAAGCUCCUUUCUUUUCUAUCCCCUCUCUUCAUCACCACUUCCCUUUUACUCCUAGCCCUUCUCACCAUCUCUCCCAGUCUUGUCAAUGACAACUCUCAUACUGAAUUGUAUGGAUCCAAGGUGAGUUUCUUUUACCUACAAACAUACCAAGCUGUUGUCGAGAGGUUACGGUCUAAAGUAGUAGAUGGGAGUGAAGAGUUUCAUCAUUUUGAGGCGCUAGAAGCGUAUAAGAUUGUUUUUGAGACGUCAACUCUUGGUAUUGAAGAAAACCACGCUGUUGAAGUCACGGAAGUAGAACAAGCUAAAGAUCAGAGCGCCUGUUCAAGUACUGGUCAAUUGGUACAGGUUCACGAGGGUUCAAUAUUUCAUCAAGUUUUUGGGGCCGGUGGGGUCUCUGAUCAAGUGGUCAAUGCUAAUCUAGAUGAAAAUUCAGUUUUGAGUACAAGGUCAGAAAGUAAUGGUCAUGAGCUGAUUGCGGAGGGGAAGACGUUAGGAGGCUUCUUGCAUCAAAAGGAGGAGUUUGAAGAUAUAUGGUUCCAAAAGGAAGAAAAAGAAGCACUCAAGCCACUUAACGUGAACUUCAAUAAAGCCGAAGAUCGAAAAGAAGAACAAUCUAUGAUUAUAAGCGGAUCCAAGGAAAUAGGUCAAAAGAUAAGUGAAGCUAAAGUGAGUGACGAUGAUGGUGGAGAGCACUACUACUCUCCAAAGCUGAGCUCCCAAGAACUAGAAGCAAACGCUUGGAGUCCAGGUAAUGGUGGAGGCUAUAAUUCCAAAGUUAAAGACAACUCUCAAACAUUGGGGCACUCGAACCUUGGGAGUUUUGGGUCAAUGAGAAAAGAGAAGGAAUGGAGGAGGACAUUGGCAUGCAAGCUUUUCGAGGAGAGACACAAUGUGGAUGGAGGUGAGGGCAUGGAUAUGCUUUGGGAGACAUACGAGACAGACUCUAUUAAAGUUCAAGCGAAAGGCAGAGCAAAGAAGGGAAAGAAAGGCAGCAUCGAGUACUAUGAUGAUGAGGAAGACCUGGAAGAGGAAAAAAGUGACGGGCAGCUGUGCUGCUUGCAAGCCUUGAAAUUCUCAGCCGGGAAGAUGAAUUUGGGGAUGGGAAGGCCAAAUCUUGUCAAGAUCUCCAAGGCCCUCAAAGGAAUUGGAUGGUUGCACCAUGUGAGCAAGCAUAGCAAGAAGGGACAUCAUUAAACCAAGUUGUACUUCGACCUGUUCAAAGCUUUAAUGGCUUAACAAACUGUUAUGUAUUCUGUUCAAGGAUAAAAGUAAAUACCAAGUUCUUUUUUUUAUCCCGUAAGAAA